AGUAGUCUAUUGACCAGUGCUAAAAUAUAACUCGAGUUGACCGGUUGUGUUUUUGAAUAAAUCUUUAAGCGAUUAAUCGUACGUCACGAUUUAAAAAUACAUUGAACAUAAAAUGUAUGAAAUAUUUAAUUGAAUACAUUGAUAAUUAUACACUACGCAUACACACGUACAUAUAUAAUAUAUUUACAUACACUUGACGUGGAUUUGAAAAGCCUGUCAAAAUGAUCAAAUUGCCGUGGCUGAUGAUUAUGUUGGCUCUCAUUAGUAUGGUCCAAAAAACUAAUUCAAUGACACAAAAAUAUACUUCAGAGGACACAGCUCUAAAUACGACUCCAAGAUUUAUGGAAUAUCAAAGUAUUGGACAUCGAGCGAAUAUUAAAAACACAAAUUCAAGCACUGUAUUCAUGUCGAACCGAACAAGUUAUGAGUUGAAAAAAGAAUAUUCAACCAAUAACAGUAACAUACAAUUUAAUAACAAUAAAAAAUUACCUCCAAAUAAACCGUCAUCAAUAAUUACAUUUCCAAGUAACAUCGAUAUAAGGAAAGGCUCUGGAAUUUCAAUCAAAAAACUUAUACCAGAUCAUCAUGAGAUUGAAAAGUGUUCAAAGAACGAAAGUUUUUGCGCAGAAGUUGAUAAUUAUCCUAGGCAUGAUGUGCUACGUAUUCUAAGAACCAGCAAGUUUAUGUCGUCUACCUUUUUUGGUGUAGAUACUAUAAAUGAUAUAGAGACAAGAUUUUCUUUUGAUAACCUUCAGCCAUUCUGUGAAUCUAAAGAGGAAAUAAUAUUUCCAGAAGCAAGUGAAAAUAAAGAUUCAGAUUGGCGUUUUAUCAUUCAAGAUAAAAAUGAUGAUAGUAACUAUAGACAAGGAAUCAGAGUGGAAAAAUGUGUAAAUGCUGAUAAAACAUGUAAAUUUGGGGAUCAUUUGCCACAGGGCUACAUAACAACUUGUGUACAAAAAUACACGUAUAAGAAAUUGAUGGCCAUAAAAGAAACAAAUGAAAUAUAUUAUGAUAGUUUUAAAUUACCAUCUUGUUGUAUGUGCAUGUAUACUGUAAAUACUGGGUUAUUAACCAGAAAAGGUGGAUUAUCAGAAGAUGAGACAAUGAUUCAAAGUCGAUUUGAACAUAAAAAAAAAAAUUAAGCUUUAGGUUUUUAACACAUGAUA